GUGAAAAGCUGGUUUGUGAUAUUCAUCAUUUUCGAGCUUCUAGACCCCUGUCUGACAUCCUUACCUGUUGAACUUCACACGAAAAGCCAUUUGGGACCAUUUGAAAGACUUCAACACGAUCUCCCUACAACCAAAAAUCUGAACGUGACCGGCUAGGACGCGGAGUAUAGCCCUGUCCGAAGCUAGGCAGCAGAAUCUCCAAUAGCAGCUUGGAGAAAUGACAGAUAGAAGCCGCCGCGUGCGACGGCAAAUCAGUGAUGUUACAGACGAAUUUUCCGACGACUCUGAUCUAGGAAGUGGUGAAGACUAUGAUCCUCGGAGAGCUGAUUCAAUGCGCAGAGGUGGCAGAUAUGAUUCAUCGCCCAACACCGGCACAGCCUCUUCACGACCCCGAAGGGGAGAACACUCAAAUGGUCCUGCAUCAGUCCAGCGGAAUUCCGGCGCUUAUGAUGAUCGGAGGCAAAGCCUGAAAUUGACGGUCAAAGCACCUCCAAGCAAGCUACGGGAAGUUAUGCGUGCGAACGAAGUCGAGUCACUCCAUGACGUGCUCGGUGGUGGCAAGGUUCUUGAUGGUCCAAGAAGCACUCGCCGACAGGCUCUCGCUGCCUCGGCUCCUCGUCAAGCCUCCUCUCAAGCAUCGAAACCAAGAUACGCCGAGGUGCCAAGCGACGUUGAUGAUGAUGACGACGAAGAAGAAGAUGAGGAGGACGAGGAGGACGAAGAAGAAGAUGAGGAAGACGACGAAGAAGAUGACGACGAAGACGAGGAAAUGGCUCAGAAUGAUUUCGACGAACUAGGUGCUGAACCUGAGGGUGGUACUGAUGAUGACGAAGACGUGGAAAUGGAAGAAGCACCCCCUGCCCCUCCAUCAAAGCGAGCACCCCAACCUAAAGCCCCCAAAAUCACUCUCAAGCCACCCGCUAGAUCCGACCCUUCAAGCACCAAAUCUAAACUUGUGGUAACUCCUGCAAAUGUUGGACCUGUCAAAUCUGUCGAAGAUCAGGAAAUGGAGGACGAUCCGGAUGAUGAAGAAGUGGAAGGUUCAUCGGAACUUAGCGAAGAGGACGAGGACGCUACAAACCUUAAUGGCGAAGAUGCUGAAGGCGAAGACGAGGACGCUGAGGCCGAGGAAGAAGGACUUGGAGACGGAGACGAGGUCGAAGUUGACGAUGACGACGACGACUUGGAUAGCGACAGUGAUGGCACGCCUGCCUCAGGUUCUGCCACUCCCGAUAUCAGUCGGAUGACUAAGAGGCAGAGACGCCGGGAAGAAGACGCUAAUGCGCUAUUGUCUCUCGACAUGGCUCCGCAGCAGCGCAAGUUCUUCACCGACGAAGAGAAAGCUAUGAGAAAGGAUGAACACGCUAGAAAGAGGAAGGAGCUUACGAAGCGGAAAGUCCAAGAAGAGAAGACUGCUGCUUUGAACAGACUGCUCAAACCCCAAGUCUCGAAAGCCAGAGGAGCCGCGCCCAAACCAGAAACUCUAGCUGCAGCGGCAGCGGCAGCCGCUUCGCCAUUCGAUUACGACAGUGCUGCUCCCAAUGCCAACCCCGUGUAUACCAGAUGGAUCAGCUCGAGAGAUGGCAUCAAGCUCGGAGUUCCAGAGGAAUGGCUGGGAAAGAAAGCCGGUCGCUACUUCGGCCCACCCCUGCCCCCAAGCAACGGAAGUCUGAUCCAAGAAGUUGACUGAGCAAACCCCUGUUUAGCUGCUACAAGGGUUCAUCCCCAAGAAUGAGGAGACAUGACCAGUGACGGUAUAUGUAUUUCCGUAGCAUAAUUGACAUGGAAUAGCCACUCGUGAGGUCCAAU